AUGUCGCCAGUAGCCUGUCUACGCAAGUCGAACCGUGGCUCUGAUACGCCAUUAGCCCUUCAUCGGCUUCUAUGUUAUGAUGCCUGCACUCCGCACGUUAGUGCCCAAAUCGAGACUGAAGCCAACCCAUUUGAAGAACAGUUUACCGCGGCCCUGAAAGAGAUCCAGUCUUCGUCCGGGACCUCUCCAGCCGCUCAAAUAUCAGUCGAGCUCCCGUUGCACAGCGCCAAAGCCAAAAAAGGUCGCUCCAAUACCAGGACGCUAAGAAGAAGAGAUUUCUCGCACAGUCUACGGGUAGAGUGGAAUCAACGACGGUUUCUCCAAGAUCCAGGCCAUCCAAAACAUCUGCCAUGUAUUGAUGGACAAAGAAGUACCAAUUUGUUCCCACUACCGACUCAUUCGAGCCAAGCCAAAGACGAUCUUCUUAUUCCCUCGCGCGCUGCAUGCAUCCAGCUACUCCGAGAUGUCGGUAUUCCUCGAUGGAAAUGGGACCUUGUACACUGUCGUUGGUGGGUUUGGUGCGUCCUCCGAUGCGUCAAGCACAAUCACGUGCAAGCUCCGAGCAAGGUCCGUUGGUGCGGUUGUAGUAGCUGUUUAGAGAGGAUGAAGCAACGCUUCUGUGGCACGGGCGCCGCCAUCUUUGCUUAUGAAAGAGAGGACUGGCUGACGGUGUGCGGGGGAUAUGAGCGCGUGGCUUGCCUCUUCUGGAGCCUAAUCAAUGCUGUCAAGAAUGUGCGAAGCAUGGCCGAGACGGCUGAAAUCCCUAUCGAAGAAUGGACACUGAUGCUCAGUCGCUCCUACGGCCUGCGCGAACUCAGCAAAGGCGACGAGCUUAUGCGACUGAAGAUCGGCCAACUUCGCAAGGACGUUAUGUGGGCCAAGUAUUCAGUCACUACGCUUGGCCCUGGAAUUUGGUCGACGCAGAUUAUUGACAGCUUGUUGGCGGAUAACGAUUGUUCGUUCGACCCCAGAGACCCACCACCUCAAUCCGAAACAACUAUUAUUACCGACCUUUCCAUACGACGCCUCAUUUCUCGUCCCCAAACCACUACCAUCAAGCCCUGA